UUUCACUCUUCGGUAAUGUCGUUAGUGCACCCGUGGAUCUCCGCCAUGAAACAGCUCGUGCCGUCCGCCGCCGUCGCCGGCCUCUUGGUCGCCCAAACUUUGCUGCUGAUCGCCACGGUCGACACGCCGUGGAAGACCACCGGCGUCCGGGCCCAGGACAGCCCCUUCGAGCUGCCCGUACAGCUCAUCGGUUUCCCCGUCAUCAUCAUGGCCGUGAAAAUGUCCAACUUUGUCAAAAAACUCGCCUACUCCCUGAGUCCGAGCACUUACAGGAGGUCGAAAGCCAAGCGGGACGUGUCGGGCGCCAUUGCCGCCGGCGGUCUGGAUACGGUCAAGGCGCAGGAGAUGAUCCUGAAGGAAAUGGGACCGGACGCUUGCGUUUACGAGAAAGUGUGCAAAGCGUACGCCGAGGCGACGGCCUUGGCCAAAAAGGGCGACAAGGAAGACAAGAUGGACUGGGAGAAAAUCAUCAGCGGUUACAUGGAGACGGGCGAGUCGAAAAAGAAAUACUACAUGCUCAGCGUGUUCUUGGGCGACGUGCUCGGGUCGCCCGAGUUCUGUACGAGGAUCGUGAAGAAAAUCAAACGAUGCGAAAGCAAAAUGCGUCUUUACUGACGGCGGGGAAGAGGGUCACAGACAAGGCGAAACCGUUGAUUACUAUUUAUUUCAUUGUCGAUAAUAUUAUUGUUAUUUUUAUACACAUAAGCCGCCGCCAUCGAAAAACGUGUACAUAAUCAAAAUAUUACCUAAUUGUAAAAUAGAUUUAAUAAUAAUAAUAAUAUAUAUAUAUAUAUACAUGAUAAUAUGUUAAUAUAACGUGUGAUAU